AUGUCUAUUCCAGCUACCCAGAUUGCAGCUGUGAUCCCCGCAUCUGGAGGGAAAGAUGUUUCAGAUGUGCAAAUCAGCGACACAUAUUCAGUGCCAACGCCGGGGGCUGGAGAGGUCCUGGUAAAAUUGGACUUCUCGGGGGUCUGUCAUUCUGAUGUUCACAGCAUUCGAGGCGAUACACCUAUGAAGACUGAUGUGGCGGGUCACGAAGGAGUGGGAAGAGUGGUCGCAGUUGGGGAUGGCCUCGUUGACACUCAAUGGAUGGGUCAAGUAGUGGGGAUCAGAUGGCUGUACAGCUCUUGUCUCGAGUGCGAGAUCUGUGAGGUCAAUCAUACAGCAUGCCCUAAGCAAAGGAAUGCCGGUGCGAAUGUUCCGGGUACAUUUCAACAAUACAUCGUUAGUCCAGCUAUUCACGCCACGAUAAUUCCACCGGGACUCUCUCCGGAUUUGGCGGCCCCUCUUCUCUGUGCUGGCAUUGCGAUGUACUCUUCAAUCAAGAAAGCCAGGGCCCGGCCUGGCAACUGGCUUGCUAUUAUUGGUGCCGGUGGAGGCUUGGGUCAUAUGGGCAUCCAGAUUGCGGCCAAACAGGGACUGAAAGUUCUUGCAAUAGAUACGGGUGUUAAAAAGAAAGACCUUUGUUUGUCCCUCGGGGCCACUGAAUUCUUGGACUUCCGCGAGGUGAAUAUAGUUGAAGGUGCCAAGUCGGUCACAUCCGGCUUGGGUGUCCACGCUGUGAUUUGUACUGCCAAUGCGGAGGCAGCUUACCAGCAAAGCUUGCAAAUGCUUCGGCCACUGGGUACUCUAGUUUGCGUGGGAAUACCCCAUGUUCCAUUCCGCCUCCCUGCCACCCCUUUCGAAAUGAUAGUCAAAGGUGAUUAUCGAAUAAUGCUUAGCCUUACAAUUGUCGGGAACUCCGCGGGGACCGCUCAGGAAAUGGAUGAACUAUUGGCUAUGGCAGUUAAAGGCGAUGUGAAGGCACAUAUCGAGAUUUUUCAUCUGCAGGAUAUCGUCAAUGUUUUGCAGCGACUUGAACGGUCUGAGAUUGAAGGAAGAGCUGUUUUGAGGAUCCCUUGA